AUGACAGAGGUAAUGAAUACACGUGAACCUGUGAUGGAGGAAUUUAUCUUGAGCCAACCUGAGGAAGAAGGAGGCACUUCCACUCAGGCUUUUCCGGAUGCCCAUGAAAAGUAUCCAAAACUGUCAAAGAGAUUACCAUCCAUUGUGGUAGAGCCCUCUGAAGUGGGGGAUGUUGAAAGUGGAGAGCUUCGUUGGCCGCCAGAGGAUCUGAAAUCGAUGGAAGACAAGAAGGCUCUCGCUGCUCAGAGAUCCUGUGCUCAGCAACACCAGAUGGAUCUUGAAAGUGCUUCACCCCACCAAGACAUUGGCGAUAGUACAAAAUGCAGUGAAAGCAGAACUGAGGAUGACUAAGGAACUUCAUUCAACAAACAGAAGCUGUGGU